UUUACUGUUCAAUAAACACGUGUGACAAGUGAUGCAUGGACGCAUGGAAUUUGACUGGUGAAAGUUUAUUUUUUUUGUAGUCUACAUAGGCAAAUGCUGAAGAGAAUAUAUCCAAAUUGUAGUUAAUAACUCAAUGGUACAAGAUGUCGGCCACAAACGUGCAAGAUGAGAUGAAUUCAAAUGACAAACUAGUAUCCGACGAAGCGGCGAGUCUCGAGUUGCCUCCAGUUGUAACGCGGACACGUAGUGGUCGUCGAGUACGGACCCCAUCUGCUCUUCUCGACUCUGAAGUGACCACGAAACCUCCUGUGCGCCGAACAAGAAAAUCGGUAAUUCAAGAGGUACCCGUCACUUCAGAAACAGAAGAAACAGCUGAAUGUCAAGCUGUUGUUACAAAAAGUUGUGUUGAACCUGGAGAAUCGAAGUCAAUUCCGAUCAUAAACACACCCGAAGUGGAGGCCACUGAACAAGUGGCAUUGGGUUUCACCAAAGAAUUCAUAAUUUCAGAAGCUGCAUUGUCUACAGAUGUACCGAUGGACAAGAUCAGUCCUGACAAUUCCGUAGGUAUGAGGUCAGAUAAGAGCAAUGAGAACGAAAACCGUGCCAACUUAAAUGUAACCUUAGACAUAUGGACUCGUACAAACGAGAAAUCCAAGAAGAGGACACAUUCAGAAUCCAGUGUGAAACACGCGCCGAUUAUACCGUUGGGAAAACCCAAAUCAGGUCGUGUCUGGAAAGACCGUAACAAGCAAAGAUUUUCAGCCCUGUUAAGGGACAAGCCGCUAUGCACAUCCUGGGAGAAAAAGAUGGAGGCCAGGAGAGAGAAGGACCUUGUGAAGAAAUAUCACCUGCAGCUGAGAGAAGGGAGCGCUAAAGAGAAACAGGACAAGAGGAAAAGGAGAGAGGAGACCCUGAAAAGAAGGGCUGAAAAUGAGAGGAAAUCGGAGAUAGUGCAAGUGAUCCGCAACACAUCAAAGAUUAAGAGGAUGAAGAAAAAGCAGCUGAGGAAGAUUGAGAAGCGGGACACUUUACCCAUGUUACAGAAGUCAAAGCCCAGUAACGGCAAGCUGGCUGGGAAGACACAGAAGGGGGACUAAGAGGAUAUGAUGCCCAGUUAGCGUCAUGUAGUGCAGUGUGUGACUGAAAGCUCAGUGGGAACACUGCAUACUCUGUAAAACAUCAGUUUACCUAUUGUUCCUGCAGUUGUCAUCAUGUUGGCACUGAGUAUGUCAUUGAGAUAUAGGGGCAGUUCAAACCCUUUUUUGUAUGUCAGGCUUUAUAAAAUGGGAAAUGGGGAAGUGUUCCGUAUGUCCCUCAUUGACUCAAAAUGGAGUUCUGACCACUGCUUGUAACUGGAGGUAGAGAGAGCCUAUUUUGAUGUAUAACUCUGGUUGAUCUGAAUUUGUCUAUUAAACAGGAAACUGGC